AUGAACAUUCCGCAAGGAGCUCAUAUCUUGAGCCUUCCAAAUGAAAUUCUCCGCCUCAUAUUUCUUUACCUGGCGCAAAGCGACCCAGUCCCCUUCUUCCUUGAACACUUUCGCCAAAUAGGCAACCGCUUGCAUAAGACUACUGGCUCCAUUGGCAUGCCACUCGGCCAUGCCAGAGCCAACUUUCUCACCCAGAUUCAUUCAUCUCAACGUCGGCACUUUUUCGAGUGGCUGUCGGUCACUGGAACAUGUCGCCGGAUCAGAGCCUGUGCAAUUGCCCCCUUCUUCAGUGAAAAGACCCUCAUCAUGUCACCUUCGACAGUGGAACUGCUGCGAAGUGGUACUUAUGGCUGCUUUUCACCAGAUAUCACCAACAUCAUCCUAACCAAUACUCAAACAAUCAUAAUCCCUUCGACUAGCAGAGAGCCAAUUGUGGACAACUUUUCGGCGUAUGAUUGCUUUCCGCGCUUGAAAACUCUCGCUUUACCUCUUUGUAUCCCCUAUCUCUCCGACCUCUUGGAGGACUCAAGCCGACCUGCUGUGAGCUCCAAACUCAAACCCGUCCCAGCUCCAAUAGACAUCGCUGGGCUUGACCUGAACUUCAUCCGCUUGACUCUACUGGUAAAAAAUGAAGCUCGCUUUGGGAUGCCCAAUCGUCUGAGGCUUAACUGCCUAAGGUCCUAUCUCGCCCAGCUUAGAUUCAGAGCUCGGCGAUGGCAAGAAUUGACUGCUAUCGAGCAACUUGAGAAAAAGGAAUCGCAUUUAGCUAGGGAAAUCGCAGCAACAGAACGAGCGGUGGGUUGGAGGACUCGCGCGUCUACUGAACAGUCUCAAAAGGACGUUUCCCCUACUGCAUUUGGCUGA